CGUUUAUGUUUUAGUCAUUAGGCACGACUCUUGUUGUCGUAGACAGAGUAUUAUCAGUAAUAUUGUAUUAUUUAUUUAAAUAAUUCACUUUUAAAUCGUUUCCAACGUAAUAAAAAUAUUGCAUAAAUUUUAUCAGUAGUCACUUUCUUACUUGAAUUUAAAACAAUAACGAAUACAUACUUGUUAACUUUUGUCUAGCUUAACUGUAUUUGCCCCGUUCGGCGUCAAUAGAUAUGUCCGGAUAUCCAUAUGGAGGUAACCCUCCUCAAUAUCCACCUCCACAAAACCAAAUAUAUCCCCAAAUUUAUAAUCCUGCCAAUGCACCACCACCUGGUCAGCCCAUUCAUGCAGCUCCAGGAUAUCCAUCAGGCCAAAACCCUCAAUUUCCAUACCAACCUGGCUUUGCUAUUUACCCAACGCAGCCACUACAACCUGGACAAGCACCUCCACCCGCUGCUAUGUCUUAUCCAUCUGGUCCUACAGCUCCUCCAUCUUAUGCAUACCAAGGAUUUCCAACAGUUACCCCACAACCUAGUUAUGAAGCACCAAUUGAAUGGAUUCCUUCUACACCAAAUGAUGCCCAUGCUCUAAGCAAUAGAGCAGUUGUAGCUGGGUUUGAAGGCUAUGACAAGAGUCCACUAUGGGUAAUACGGGGAAGGUAUGAAGGUGAUAUGAUUCCGGGUAAACUGGCUAUUAAACACAAGGCUGCAUAUGUUCCAUGGGGUGGACGUGAAAAUGCUGUCAAUAACAUUGAGGUUUGUUGCGCCCGACCGGAGAAAAUUCGUUGGGUUGAGAGCAGAGAUGGUAUAAUUCCACAAAAUGCUAUUAUUGGUGGCAAUACAUCAGCCGGUGAGCCGCUGUACAUUGGAAGGGCGAGGGAACAAGGAUCUCUUACCCCGGGAAAGGUACACCCGAGUCACAAAGCAAUGUACUUAUCUUUUGCCGGCAAAGAAGUAGCCCACAAAAUAUAUGAAAUACUAUGCACAGUUUAGGAGAUAUAAUCUAUAUAUUUUUUUUUAAUAUAGAAAAGUCUCCCUUUCAUGAUAUUAUGAUUGUUAUACAUUUAAGAAAAAUAACCAAAAUGAUUUGAUUCAUUUCUUUCAUAAAACUUUUGAGAUGUUAUACAUUUUUUUUAAGAAUUUUAGAUGCUAUUUGGUUAUUCAAAUAUAUUACUAAGGUAUAUUAUUACGCUAACAAUAAGAAUACUUUUUUAAUAAAAAAAAUUGUUUGCUAUAUUUUGAAUGAUUCUUUAUGCUUGUAAGAAAUAGAAACAAAAAUGUAUGUAUAAAAGACAAUAUUAGGUAAAU